AUGGAGCCUAUUCCGUUCAAAACAAUACACAUUGACCACCUGGGACCUUUUCCCCGAAGCCGAAAGUUAAACGAGUAUAUCCUGAUUAUUGUGGACAGUUUCACAAAAUUUGUCAUCGUCAGACCAGUGAAAAGUACGAACACUAAACAAGUCAUCGCCAUUCUGAAUGAAGUUACCAGUUACGUUGGAACCCCUGAAACUAUAAUAAGUGAUCGUGGUACCGCCUUUACGUCAAAAGAAUUCGAAAGAUACUGUAACGAUCAACAAAUCAAACACAUACGCAACGCAGUCCGUACGCCACGAGCCAAUGGCCAAGUCGAACGAUUUAAUCGCACCGUUUUAUCCAUGCUGCAACCAUCAACACAAGAUGACCGAACCUGGGACGAGCAACUACGAAGCAUUCAAUGUACAUUGAACUCACUGAUUAGCCAAACGACGGGAAAAUCUCCAAACGAAUUGCUUUUUGGAUUCAAGCCACGCGACAUAUUAGGUAACAAGCUGAUCCAAAUUCUCCAAGAUGAAGACGAUACUAUUCCCAUCACCCAAGAAGAACUUCACCGCCGACGAUUACUUGCUGCUAAUAACACCGAUAGUAAACGGGUAAACGCGAAAAAGCGUUUCGACGAUAAACACAGGAAACCAACGAAAUAUGAGCAAGGUGAUUUAGUUCUAGCAGAACGAGAACCAGCAUCCACAGGCACGUCCCGCAAACUUGAAUGUCGAUAUAAAGGACCGUUCGUAGUCACCGAAGUUCUCGAUAAUGACCGUUACGUCAUCGAAGACCUACCAGGAUCCGAUCGAAAACAACGACAUUAUAAAUCAAUCUAUGAGUCUGAUCUCCUAAAGACAUGGUGUCAAUUGCCGUGUGACAGCGAAUGUCAAAAGCGAGUGAACGAGAGUAACGGAAGUUCGUUGAAUAGCGUCAUUUGGAUAGCGUCGUGA